AUUUUGUUUUGGACACCAAGCGGGAGUUGGCGGCGCCGGCUGUGGUGGCACAGACGAAAGGCAGGAAAGGGCAGGCCUGGCGAGCGGGAGGACGGCCGGCCAGAUACGCAACCCACGACGAGUGAGCUUCGCAGCAUACCGUUUAAGCAUCUAACCUAACUGCCCAGCUUGUUAGCCCCAGCGGCCCCCCAUUCUCGGGAUUUGAAGAUGGCUGCACAGUCAGCGCCGAAAGUUGUGCUAAAAAGCACCACCAAGAUGUCUCUAAAUGAGCGCUUUACUAAUAUGCUGAAGAACAAACAGCCGAUGCCAGUGAAUAUUCGGGCUUCGAUGCAGCAGCAGCAGCAGCUAGCCAGUGCCAGAAACAGAAGACUGGCCCAGCAGAUGGAGAAUAGACCCUCUGUCCAGGCAGCAUUAAAACUUAAGCAGACUUUAUAUGCAAGUCCGGACAGUGGCUGUGGAAGGAUAUGUCCAAGCUGUGGCUGGGCGUCCAGAGGGCGGUGCCAUGCAACUAAGAGCUUAAAGCAGCGCCUGGGUAAGAGUAACAUCCAGGCACGUUUAGGCCGACCCAUAGGUACCCUGGCCAGGGGAGCGAUUGGAGGAAGAAGCCUACCCAUAAUCCAGAGAGGCUUGCCCCGAGGAGGACUACGUGGGGGACGUUCCACCAGGUCCCUGCUUAGGGGCGGGAUAUCGCUCCGAGGUCAAAACCUGCUCCGAGGUGGACGAGCCGUAGCUCCCCGAAUGGGCUUAAGAAGAGGUGGUGUUCGAGGUCGUGGAGGUCCUGGGAGAGGGGGCCUAGGGCGUGGAGCUAUGGGUCGUGGCGGAAUCGGUGGUAGAGGUCGGGGUAUGAUAGGUCGGGGAAGAGGGGGCUUUGGAGGCAGAGGCCGAGGUCGUGGCCGAGGGAGAGGUGCCCUCACUCGCCCUGUACUGACCAAGGAGCAGCUGGACAACCAAUUGGAUGCCUACAUGUCGAAAACUAAAGGACACCUGGAUGCUGAGUUGGAUGCCUACAUGGCACAGACAGAUCCUGAAACUAAUGAUUGAAGCCUGCCUGCCUGCCCGCCUGUUAGACUCUUGUUAAAGUCACCACAUCUAUAAAAAGAAAAAAAAAUAAUCUUGAGAAAACAUGAGAAGAAACCUGAUUGAUGCUGGAAGGACCUAUCACAAUAGGCUGUGGACUUACCUGCCACCAGUUGGCACAUUUAGUCUGUUCCGUCUACUUUUUGAUACUGUGUUAUAUGAAACCCUAUUUUCCUUUGAUUUGGUUGAGUUUGUUUUGUUGUUUAUCCAGUCACCCAGACUUCUGUUUGAACAGGAAUGCAUUGGCCUUGUGAGUGAACAUUUUUCCAGCCUCUGCCUCACCUGUCAUAUACUCUGACAUUUUAAUAUUUCCUUUGUUCAUCUUUAUGAUCCCAAAAAAGGUCCCCAGAAGGAUCCUGUGUUGUCAAUAAUGUGUGGUCACUGGGAUAGAGUUCUACAUCUUCUUUAAAGACUUCCUGUUAAUAACUAAAACUAAAGGUGUGUCUGCUCUGUUGUUGGUGAAGGUAGUAAAUUGGAAAUGCUGGUAUUGCUUCUGGGCCAGGAAUGGCUUGUACAUGGUAGUGACUUUGAUUUGGUCAAAGUUGGUGCUGCCUACAUUGAUAUUACAUAAAUGGUAGCUGACAUGCUGAGUUAGAUAUGUACAAUUCCCACCCUAAAAUAAGAGUUUGUUAAGCUUUCCUUUUGGUUUUGUGUCAUGUCCAAGAGGCUUGUGCUCAUCCAGUACAGAAAAAGCCAUUUGGUGUGGCAGAAGAAACAAGGGUGGGAGACUGUUUACAAACUAACUGCUGGGAAGGGGUCAUUUGCUGCUCAUGCUGAAAUGCAGUUACUUGUGUGUGUCCCAACCAAUCUUGGUCUAAUCCACAUAACUGGCUUUAUUUGACCCUCCUGAAGGUUUAAGUUCAACCAUAUUUUGUCAGCUGUUCAGUUUCAGUGGAAUCUUGUAUUUUUGGUCAUUAUAACAAAUUGUUCUCUCAAAUUCAACCCAGGCUUUCUGUUUAUUCUUUGGGUUCCUUAAAAUAUUGUAUAAC